UUUAAUAACAUCAUUUUCUUUUAGGGUCUUGAAAAGAUGGACACCACCCCACACCCAUUUACAAACCUGAUCAUAGGUUCCUUAAAUUUGCUUAUGGAUAGUGUUGCCUCCUUUAAACUUCAGCCAUUGAAUUUGGAAACUGCUUCAUGGAUUAGUAGUUUUUCUUCAAAACUCAUCAGAAAUUUUAUUGACUUUAAUAAUCCAUGGACAGCGGAAUUAUUCAUCCUUGUUCGGUUUUACUGCUGUGUUUCUGUAUGAUAUGGAUUGAAGCCAUCAACAUUAUGAUUCUGUAUGCAACUGUUAAUCAGGUAGCACUUUGGAGACAUAUAACCAGUUGUAUCUUUGCAACUCGAAGCCAGCCAACUACACGAAUUUGUAAUAGCUAAAUUUCAUACAAGUUGAAGUUCAGUUCAUAAUGGGUUUGGUAUGACUUUUUAAGUGCUUAAUUAAAACCAAUGUGUUUUUUUUUUAGUGAAAAUAAUUGUAUUUUUAAGGGGGGUGGUUGAUGUUUCAUGAUCAUAUUCAAAUGCUUAAUUUGAUGUAGUCUUAUGUUUUGGUUCAAACUUUGGAUUUUUUCCCCCUUGGCUGUGUUGUGCAUAAAGUUUUGUAAGUAAAUUAUAUUUACCAUGAGUCUAUAUUUUUAUGAAUGACUUGAUUUUUAGAAUAGUUACAUCUUUUGUGUGUGUGUGUGUGCGUUUUUGUUUUUGGUAAAUGUACAUUUGUUAGUGAUCAUUAUUCUAAAUUGUUCAUAUUUUUAAAAAUUAACUUUCCAAAGACCUCUGGAUUAAUACAUCUCUGUGGUUGAAAUUUCGCAUUGAUGAACACAAUUUCUUCAAAACUUUUUUUUCUUUCAAAGGAUGUAGAUGAAUCUUUUUUUUACAAAAAAGAAAAACAUUUAUUACCAUUACAAAAUAUCAAUGUAUUGAAUACCAUUAUCCAUUCAUUAACACCAUUGCCAUCCUUUUUUCUUUUAAUUCAUAAACAUCCAACAUGGUAAACGAGUGUUGAAAACGAUUCCUGUAAACUUCUAUUUAAAACCCUAGUGACCUAAAGCCUACUAUAUUGAUUGAUUACAUAACUUUAUAUAUAUGUAUAUGCAUAAAAAAAAAAAAAGUCAUAUUUAUCCUUUAAACUUUACCUCCUUUUUCUACUUACCCAAAAACUGCCUUCCCCAUCAUUUGACCAAUUGAUGUAUGUCAUGCAGAGAAUGGAAAAUUGGAAAACAUCAUGUUAUUCUAUAGUGAACACUCAUGCAUACAUACAUACAUACAAAUUGAGAGUUAGGUAAAAUAUUUUGAAAGGUCUUUAAAAUUACAUGAAAAAAUGAACAGUUUUCUUCCUAUGGUUUGGGUUGCCCUGUCUAUAUAUAAGCCACUUAACCCCACCCCUACUUCUUAUUAGUAGCUUCCUACCACUUCUCUCUCUCUUAAGGAAAAACCAGAAGAAAGUUUUGAGAAUAGAGAAAAUGGGUACAGAGAGAUUAAGUUCUUCUCAGGAUGAUGAUGAAGUGAGAAAGGGGCCAUGGACAAUGGAAGAAGACUCAAUGCUGAUGAAUUACAUUGCCAAUCAUGGUGAAGGAGUUUGGAAUUCACUGGCCAAGGCUGCAGGUCUUAAGCGUACUGGGAAGAGUUGUCGACUCCGGUGGCUGAACUAUCUCCGGCCUGAUGUUCGGAGAGGUAAUAUAACUCCUGAAGAACAGCUAUUGAUCAUGGAGUUGCAUUCUAAAUGGGGUAACAGGUGGUCAAAAAUUGCAAGGCACCUCCCCGGAAGAACAGAUAACGAGAUAAAGAACUACUGGAGGACGAGGAUACAAAAGCAUAUCAAGCAGCAGGAGGAAGUUGAGAGAGUUCGUGACCAGAUGAUAUCAAUUGGUAGCUGUUCGGAGACGAAUGACGACUGUGCCAUCAGUCCGUGGAGCCAAGUUUCGAGCUUUAGUAACGUUGCAGAGCCAAUGGAAAUCAGCCAUGACUAUUUCCCUUCAUCUCAAGGGGAUAUGGAGGCUAUGGGCUAUCAACAGACAAGUUGGGAUCGUGGGGAUGGGGCAAAUGACAACUACUGGAGCAUGGAGGAUCUUUGGUCAAUGCAAUUACUUGAUUGAAAUGUUUACAGAGAGGAACAACUUGAACUACCUAGUAUUCGGUUUAAAUCAUGUAUAGUUGAAUCUUGAAUAAAAAUUUUCCUUAUAUAUAAAUAUAUCAUCUUUUCAUGGUA